UUUAUCCCAAGCCUAAAUUUUGACUCUAAUCAUUGUGGUUUUCUCUCCUCAUUAUUGACUGCCUUGCCUGCAGCGGCUAAAGUUUUCUUUGGACGUGUUGAUCAGAGAGUUACCUUGGAGUGUGGGAUCAGCACAAACCCAACAAAUCUGGAGUGGCUUUAUAAUGAACAGCGAGUUUUGAAAGUUAUUCGCAAUGGGCUCAUCACUAAAGCCCAAAGUAAUAUUGCACGGAGGUCUAAUACAAGAGGGUCAAAUCUGGAAAUCAACAAUUUGAAGAAGGAAGAUGCUGGGAAGUUUACCUGCAGAGUAGAUGGGAAAAGUCGAGAACACUGGCUUUAUCUUGUCUCAGUUGUUGUUACACCCUCACGUGUUCUCCAGGAGGGCAGUGAUGCUUCACUCCAGUGUGAGGUACACAGUUUGGACCAAAGAACUACAGUGAAGUGGCACAGACCAAGUGGUUUCUUCACCAAUAAUCCGAGAGUAGAUCUCAAACCUGUAAAGACUUCACAUGGAGGAACCUGGACGUGUGAAGUGACCGCUGCAGGAGGAGAGUCAUUUACAACAUCUUUGACCUUCACUGUGAAACCAUCUGCACCCGCAACGACAAAGUCAUCCAUGAACCCGACCGAUAUCAGACUUCAGUCAUGCUUCCCUCUGCCACUGGGCCUCCACUGGUGGAUCUGGGUUGCUCUUGGAGCCAGCUAUCUGUUUUUGUUCCUCCUGAUCAAUUCUGUUGUUCUCAUAUCCCAGAGGGUCACGACAAAUAAGUCACAAAACGGCAGAUGCACACAGCGAGUGGAGUACAGCCUUGUGCAGCUUUCUGUAUCCAUGGAUUAGGCUACCAACACAGGUGACAUUAUCUCAACAUGAACUCUGCUACCAGUUGACAAUAACUUUUUCCAGAUAAAGCAGCAUUUUCUAUCAAUUAAU